AUGUCUAACGAUCGUAUUGAAUACCUCCGUUCUAAAUUGGCUCAAUAUCCCGAUUUCCCCAAGAAGGGAAUUCUUUUUGAAGAUAUUAUGCCAAUUUUCGCUGACCCUAAGGCUUUUGGCAUUCUCGUUGAUUUAUUGGUCGAACUCGUUCAAAAGCAAUUUAAAGAAAUUGAUGUCGUUGUCGGUUUGGAAGCCCGUGGCUUCCUUUUCGGCCCUACUUUGGCUUUGCGUUUGAAUUCUAGUUUCGUCCCCGUUCGUAAACCCAAUAAGCUCCCUGGUGAUUUGGCUACUAUCAGCUACAAAAAGGAGUAUGCUGAAGAUGCUUUCGCUAUGCAAAAAUCUUCCAUCAAGCCCGGUCAACGUGUCUUGAUCGUUGAUGACAUCUUAGCUACCGGUGGUACUGCUAUGGCUGCCGAUGAACUCAUUUUGCAAUUAAAUGGUAACUUGUUGGGCCAUGUUUUCUUGAUGGAACUGGGCUUCUUGGAGGGUCGCAACCGUCUUAAGGCUCCUACAUUCACUCUUUUCAGCGGUCAAACUGAGGCCCCUGAAGGCAGCAAAACUGCUUAA